AGGGCCAAGCCUCCGUGAGCUAUUGCCUGGACGGGGGCUAGCUGGGCGUAGUCGAGCUAGGCGAAGUGCUGCCUCCUCCUCUCCUUUUCCCCAACUAUCCUCUGUCCCUCGAUCCGAUCUCACGUCCCGGUCCCUCCCGGCAGCAGCAGCGCUUGGUGCGCGGCGGCGACUGGGCGUGGUCUUCAUCUGCGCGUCGCUGGCGAAGAUCAUCCACUAGUGAGCAGGAGGCACGGCGAGAAUUAUGGAUACUGUGAUCAACAGAGAUGAUAGCGAUUUCCAUGGAGGCGCCCUGACAUAUGGAGAUGCAAUGAACACUGGAGGAAGCAAUGUAGAAAUCCUCACUAGGGUCGAGCUUGAUCUUGCUUUUGCCUCUGAGAAAUUACUAAACUUGGAGAUGUUGGUCAUGGAAAUAGCUCGGCGAGCUACCGACUUCGAGCCUGCUACAUUCGAAGAUGAAUCUGUUUCUUCCGAGACAGCGGAGAAUGCUUUUGAGUUGGACAUCUUGUAUGGUAUUCUUGACGCAGAAGUCAAGGAGUUAACCAACUUGAUCAGUUCUCUUCAAGCUGAUAUCAAAAGUAUAGAGCAUAGGGUUUUUGAGGAAGAGUCCGGAGGCAAGGUCAAAGCUAAACUGGAUGCUGCUACGGUGACCUUGAAGCAGAUGCAAGAGCUAAUUGCUGAUAUUAGGAAUGAGUCUGCAAAGUUUGAGAAAGCCAUACAGUUUUUCCAUGAGACGGAAGGGGUUGAAGGUGUUGGAUGUGAAAAUGGCCACAUGUCAUAUCAAACUGGUAUGCAGACAGAAGAUCAACACAGAAAUGUUUUGCAUAUGUUGGAACAAUCCAUAGCAAGUGAGCUAGAUCUUGAAAAGAAGCUUUCUGAUUCAAAAACUGUCAUAGAAGAUCUCAAGCUGAAGCUCCAUCAUCAGGAAAAGGAAAUAUAUUUCCUGGAGGAAUCAGCUGAAACAGUUUCAGGUAGAAUGUUCGAAGCAGAAAAUGCUUCUGAGCUACUUUUUGGAACUUCAAAGGAACUUGCGAAUAGGCUUAAUACCAUGGAGUUCCAUUUAAGUGCGCAAAAAUGUAGGGAAGAUGAUCUAAAGUCAAAAUUAGAACAAAGCUUGACAAAACUAUCUGUUCUGGAAAAUAGCCCUGAUAAGAUGGAACAAGAGAGCAACAAAGUUGGAGCUGAUUCAAUAUCACUGCAGGAUAGGAUCCAGGAAUUAGAAAAACAGUUGAGAGAAUCCAAUUCACAACUGCAAUCUGCAAUGGAAUCAGCAGAAACAAGCCAGGAGGAGCAAAAUGCAUUGCACUCUGAGCUGAGCACAUUGGAAAAUACAAUUAAGAAUCUCAAAGAUGAUGUCUCUCGAGUCGAAUGUAGAGCACAGAAUGCUGAAAUAAGGUGUAUGCAGCUAACUCAAGCUAAUAUAGAGCUUAAUGGGGAGCUAAGUGCUCUUAAAAGCGAAAAGUCAGAUAAAGUAAACCUUUUGGAGAAGAGACUUAAAGAGUCAAAUACCCAAUUAGAGCAUGCAAAGGCAGCAGUUGAUGCCAUUGUUGAACAGCAGGGUAUGCUAAAAUCAACAAUGUCUGAUAUGGAACAUAUGAUUGAAGAUCUGAAGGGCAAAGUUUUAAAAGCUGAAACUAGAGCUGAGAGUGCUGAAUCAAAGUGCACACUUUUGACAGACACAAAUUUAGAACUUAGUGAAGAGCUAGCAUUUCUAAGAGGUCGAGUAGAAAGUCUAGAGAACUUGCUACGUGAAGCCAACCGUGCAAAGUUGUCUACUGCCAAGGACAUUGGUAUCAGAACUAAAAUCAUUACUGAUUUGGUCAGAAAACUGGCACUGGAAAGAGAACGGCUUCAUCUUCAGAUUGCUACAUUAACAAAGAAGAACAACAUAUUGGCCCAGAAGUACAAAGAGCAUGUUAAUGUUAGCGCGCAAGUGAGUAAAAAGGCUACUGCCAAACAAACUGAACUUCAGUCCCCUGAAAAAGCUGAGGAAAUAUUUCCAGAUUCUUCAUCAUCACAAACUGAGGCGGAGAAACCAGCAGAUCUUCUCUACAAGGAUGAAGUUAAGGCGCACACUUCAGCAGAGCAUGUCUCCACUUCGGAGGAUGACUACUCUUUGGAUGACACUCACGAGACAGUGCGAACCAUAGAGCCAUCACUACUGAACCGGAAAUAUAUUUUUGUGUCAUUUCUAGUCUUGUUGGCUGCUGCUGUUGUAUUCAUGCUCCACGAAGAUGGCAGCCCAGCAUGAUCGUCUGGUUUUGUGCUGACAGAACCUGUAGUGCGAAAUAAAUAGUUAGCUCCUUGGUGUACAAUUGUUUACAUGUCAUCUCUGCUCCCUUUUCGUUCGUCUUUGUACUUUGUAUCCGCUGAAUGUGCAAUUUUGUUUGUUGUAUAUGUAGAGUUGUGCUGGUGCCUUUCAUUUUUACUGCUUCAGUGGAGAGAAAAAAAAAGUUAGUGACGAGGUAUGUUUUGUAACUUACUGGCCUGGAAUUUACUCCUUGCCUAACAGAGAAUGUAUUAGUCAUUCUCCUACUGGAGUAAUUACUGCUGGUAGCCUGGCACUUCCGGAGUGUAAACACUGGAUCUAAAUUGUUUGAUUAUCUUCCGUGGGAACUAUAUUA